AUGGGUGAGGUUGUGGAGGAGGAACUGAUUGUCAAUGUUGCGAUGGAUGCAAAACCGGUUCUGGUUGUGGAUGUCCGAAAGGAUCGUGUAAAUGCGCCGGUUGCAAGUGUGGUUGUACGUGUUGCCCUUCCGGUAAAUAGAUUCGUUGUGUUGUACAAUUUGAGAUUUUCAUUUUGA